GGCCACGCGCUGUGCGGACAGCAUGGAGAGCGGGCCGGGAGCGGGCGGGGCCUUCACCAGCGUCGUGUCCCGGCGGAGCCGGAGGAAGCGGCGGGCGGGAGCCGCCAUGGACACGGCGGAGCCGCGGCCCAGCAAGCGGCCGUCGUUCCCGCCCGUGGCCGCCGAGGCGCUCGGGGUCGGGAAAGGUGAGCUGAGGAAGAUCCCGGUGCCGGCCAACAGGUACACGCCGCUUAAGGAGAACUGGAUGAAGAUAUUCACGCCUAUCGUAGAGCAUCUGCAGCUUCAAAUCAGGUUCAACUUGAAAACCAGAAAUGUUGAGAUCAAGACUUGCCAAGAGACAAAGGACCUCAGUGCUCUGACAAAAGCAGCUGAUUUUGUGAAAGCCUUUAUACUUGGAUUUCAGGUAGAGGAUGCCCUUGCUCUCAUCAGAUUAGACGAUCUUUUUCUAGAGUCAUUUGAAGUUACAGAUGUCAAACCUUUGAAAGGAGAUCAUCUAUCAAGAGCAAUAGGGAGAAUAGCAGGGAAAGGUGGAAAAACCAAAUUCACCAUAGAAAAUGUGACCAGGACACGCAUUGUUCUUGCUGACGCAAAAAUUCAUAUUUUGGGAUCUUUUCAGAACAUUAAAAUGGCACGAACAGCAAUCUGCAAUCUAAUUUUAGGAAGUCCUCCAUCCAAAGUUUAUGGCAAUAUUAGGGCAGUGGCCAGCAGAGCAGCUGAGAGGUUCUGAGCUGCACCACUAAGAACUGGGGACAGAAGUCCAUGUUCCUGGACACACGAGAAGCCAAGAGCUACAUGAGCCAUCAGAUUUCUGCUGGAAGCCCAGAAGAAAGCCAGGACUGUUUGUGCAGUCUGACUGCCUUUGGACAUGUGGUCUGAUUUGAACACAACUAAUGUUUCUGUCUAGUCAUUAAAAGGUAUUUUAAGUUGUGUCUA